AUGGCUAACAGCUUUCAGGUUGUAGCGUACGCUCUCAAGAGUGACGAAGAAGCUCGACCGCGUCGACAUAUCAGUCAAAAUGGAGACACAGAUGACAUUCCGCAGGCUCGUGUCUUAUCACUCCCAAAUGUCGCGUUAAGGGAUGACUGGGACUCGCUGAUUUACGACGACGCACUGCCAUCUCAACUGCUGAGAUAUCUCACACGCAUGCUUGGCGUGAUGAAACAGCCUGGACUGAACCUCAGCACAUUCAACUGGAACCGUCUUUGCCUCCUCCACGGACCACCCGGCAGCGGUAAGAGCACGCUCUGUCGCGCACUAGCACAGAAACUCAGCAUUCGUCUCUCGGAAUUCUUCCCACAAGCCGUGCUCGUCGAAAUCAACACCAACGCCAUGCUCAGCAAAUAUUUCGGCGAAAGCGGCAAACUCAUCGGCUCCAUGUUCGAAAAGAUCCAUUCCAUGGCGCAAUCACCUACAACACUGGUAUGCGUAGUCAUGGACGAAGUCGAAACUAUCGCCUCGUCCCGGGAAAAGGCAUCUUUGGCAGGCGAGUGCGGCGAUGGUGUUCGCGCUACGAAUCAACUCCUCACAGCACUCGAUCGACUUCGAACUCUGCCAAAUCUCAUCGUCCUGUGCACCUCCAAUUUGCUUGCCUCCAUCGACCCGGCUUUCCUUGAUAGAGUCGAUAUCAAGCAGCUCAUCCCAUCUCCCUCGCCGGCAGCGAUUUACAACAUUUUCCGCUCAUGUCUCAACGAGCUUAUUCGUGCCAGUCUCGUCCAUGCCGCUGCUGAGUCGUCUCCUGCGAAGUCUGCAACCGAAGAAGAUGCGGGAAAUGGCUCAGAUACCGAAGAGUCAGAUGCGCUGGCGACGUGCGAGGGUCUGAGUGGUCGGACUCUUCGCCGGCUUCCGAUUCUGGGGCUCGCGAUGUAUACCUGGGGUGGAAAUUGUUCGAUUGACGAGGCUGUGAGUGCGCUGGAGGCUAGUGUUGAGCAGGAAUUGCUUGUGAAGAAGAAGUAG